UGCCGCCCCCAACCCCUCCCCUUUCUUGCCGUCUGCUGCAACACGAACACGACAACUUCUCUGAAAGGAGACGUGGUUUAUUUGAACCGUCUGACCUGACACAUCGGCGAAAAUGGCAAUGAAUGUGACUACAUAUUUCAGGACGGCAUGUCUCUUUGUUUUGACACCGCAAUGCUACGACGAGUUUUUCGUGAACUUUAAUUUUCUACACGUUCCCUGCUUAAAGGCCGCUCUCAGUAAAGGACUUGGAUAUGGAAUUAUUUUGGGAUCUGUUAUGGUGAAAGUGCCGCAGAUCCUGAAGAUCACCCGCGCGAGCAGCGGCGAGGGUAUCAGCCUGGCGGGGGUGCUUUUGGACCUGAGCGCCAUCACCGCCAACGUCGCCUACAGCUACGUCCUGGGUUACCCGUUCAGACCAUCCAGAUCUACAGCAACUACAGCGCGGGCUCGACCGGCCAGCUGUCCGCCGCCACCGUGCUCAUGCUGCUGGCGGGCUCCGUGGCGCGCAUCUUCACCUCGCAGCAGGAGACGGGCGACAGGCUGCUCGUGUUCACCUACAUGGUGGCCGCUACCCUCAACGCCAUCACCGCCGCCCAGGUCUUUUACUACUGGAACUCCAACGCUCCCGCGCAGCAGAAGAAGAAGGUGAAGAAGAACUGAGCAAAAGUAAGAGGUGAAAUAUUCAGUCAGCAAAGACAAGCAAUGGAGGUUACCUAGGCUGUUAAUGAUUCUGAAGGGCCUCCUUUUUGCGUCGCUGUGAUCUCGGGGACACCACGCCAGAAAUAAGUCGUCAGGACAUUUUUCUUCCAAAGUAUGGCGCGGUAGGUGCUUUACCCUACAUAACGAAACGGAGAUUCUCUUGCGUUAGCCUUAGAAGGUUCAGGUGAGGCCUUGCACUCCUUUUGCAAGUACCUCCACCGUCAGUCCCGGCAAAUGUGCCGUGAUAAGUCGAAAAGUGCAAUAAUGUUUAGAUCUUACUUCUGUUUUCUUUUCUUUUUCAAGUCAGAAAAAUUAUAUUUGUCUUGAGUCUAGUACUGUAAGUGGUACAAAGUAUGUUGUGUAUAGCUGAUGUUUGUCUAGCAGAAUCUUGAUCAAUUUUAUUUUCGUGCCAAAGCAUGUGAUGCCCCGUCUUAAUUCCUACACAUUCCCCUGUAACGUAGCUAGCAGCAUAAAAUCGAAUGUUCUCAGAGAAGCGAGAACAUUUCUCCUAUAUUUUGUCCGAACAAUGUGAUGUGCAUCAUGAUAUUUUAACUUUUUUAAUACUAAAUACAACCCCGUGUUUUCCCCCUUUUUUAAUUUUAAACCCUUGUGUGGGUUCUGAGUGCCCCACUACGGGAGCAGUGUCGUUUGUGUUGUCAGCAACGUCAAAUAAUAAAAUCAAAUCCACCUUCCAUAA